GCGCGCGCGGGCCCGCGGGGGAGGUGGCCGAGAGCGAGGCUGCGGCGCUGGGAGCCUGCGCUCCGCCCUCUCCUCCUCCGCCGCCGCCGCCGCCGCCGCGGGCCCGCAGGCAGGGAGCAGCGUCCGCGCCCGCCGCGCCGCCAGUGCGCCCCUCCGUCCCGCCGCGUGAGCAGCCCGCCCCUCUGCAGGUGCCUGCGCGGAGCGCCCGGGCCGCGGCCGCCCUCCGAACCCGCGCGCCCCGCCGCGCACUCGCUCCCCGCGCGCCCGAGGGGCGGCCGGUGCCGACGAGGCCGCCGCGGGGCCCGGCGCUCGACAUGAACCGCAGCCACCGGCACGGGGCGGGCAGCGGCUGCCUGGGCACCAUGGAGGUGAAGAGCAAGUUUGGAGCCGAAUUUCGUCGAUUUUCACUGGAAAGAUCGAAACCCGGGAAGUUUGAGGAGUUUUACGGGUUGCUGCAGCACGUUCACAAGAUCCCCAACGUCGACGUGCUGGUGGGCUACGCGGACGUGCACGGGGACUUACUGCCCAUCAACAACGACGACAACUACCACAAAGCCGUGUCCACGGCCAACCCCCUGCUGAGGAUUUUCAUCCAGAAGAAGGAAGAAGCAGACUACAGUGCCUUCGGGACAGACACGCUAAUGAAGAAGAAGAACGUUCUCACCAACGUGUUGCGGCCUGACAACCACAGGAAGAAGCCGCACAUCGUCAUCAGCAUGCCCCAAGACUUCAGGCCCGUGUCGUCCAUCAUAGACGUGGACAUCCUGCCAGAGACGCACCGGCGGGUGCGCCUGUACAAGUACGGCACCGAGAAACCCCUGGGCUUCUACAUCCGGGACGGCUCCAGCGUCAGGGUGACGCCGCACGGCCUGGAGAAGGUCCCGGGCAUCUUCAUCUCCCGGCUCGUCCCCGGGGGGCUGGCCCAGAGCACGGGGCUUCUGGCGGUCAACGAUGAAGUCCUAGAGGUCAACGGCAUAGAGGUUUCGGGGAAGAGUCUGGACCAGGUGACAGACAUGAUGAUCGCCAACAGCCGCAACCUCAUCAUCACCGUGAGGCCGGCGAACCAGCGGAACAACGUGGUCAGGAACAGUCGGACUUCCGGCAGCUCGGGCCAGUCCACCGACAACAGCCUCGCCGGCUGCCCGCAGCAGGCCGAGCCCAGCUUCGAGCCGGAGGACGAAGACAGCGACGAAGACGACAUCGUCAUCGAGGACAACGGGGUGCCGCGCCAGAUCCCCAGAGCCGCCCCGCGCGCGGCCGGCAGCCUCGAGUCGCUCACGCAGAUCGAGCUCAGCUUCGAUUCCGCGCAGAACGGGUUCCUUCCUCCUGCCGAGGUGGGCUCCGCGUCCGUGGCCAGCGGCACCUGCACGGAGCCGCGCGCCCCGGGGCAGAGACUCCUGGAGGAGGACGGCACGAUCAUCACGUUGUGAAGCCGAGUGGGCCGUGUGGGGCUGCGCGGCCGGCCGCUGCGGUGAGCACCUGCGCGCUGUACCGCCGGACCGGCGCGGACGGACGGACGGACUAGCCGUAGCCGGAAGAGAGGCUGCAGCUGGGACGUCACUGAAGUGGCGGCCUGCUGACUGUUAGGCGGACUCCGCAGAGGGGAAUGCAAGUCAGAGGGGCCUUUGCUGGGGCAGGGACACGUUUGCUGUUCUGUGUACGGGAGCUAGAGAGAGCACACUGGGGCUGGGGGUCAGCUCCUGGGAGAGCACACUGGGGGCCUGGGUCAGCUCCUGGGAGAGCACACUGGGGCUGGGGGUCAGCUCCUGGGAGAGCACACUGGGGGCCUGGGUCAGCUCCUGGGAGAGCACACUGGGGCUGGGGGUCAGCUCCUGGGGAGAGCACACUGGGGCUGGGGGUCAGCUCCUGGGGAGAGCACACUGGGGCUGGGGGUCAGCUCCUGGGAGAGCACACUGGGGGCUGGGGGGGUCAGCUCCUGGAGGGAGCUCUCUGGGAGCUGGGGGCCUGGGUCAGCUCCUGGGAGAGCACACUGGGGGCUGGGGGUCAGCUCCUGGGGAGGGUACGCUGGGGGCUGGGGGCUGGGUCGUCUGUCUGGCGUGGUUGCGUGUCUAACCUGCUGUGUGGAGUCCCAUCCUCCCCCCUCGUGAAGUCCGACUGCGUCUCAGCACACGACGGCCUCCGCGCUGGUGCCCCGACUCUGCACCGUGCUCUUCCUUCGUGUUGCGACGCUGUGUCCCACGUGCGUUGUUUUUCCUGAUUUAAAGAAACGUCCGAGCAGUCGGCCCGCAGAGGAGCUUCGAAGCCACGCUCCUGAGCUGAGAUGGCAGUUGUGGGGUCGGGGCUGUCCCGUGGCUUCCAUGUCUACACAGUGGCCCCUCCGCGUGGGGUCUGUGUUCUCAAAGGCAGUGCCCUUGGCCGCAGCAGCACGGGGCUCUGCUUUGUCACCCGUUCUCGUCCUCACGCCCGUCUCAGUGUGUGUGUGCGUGUUGCUGUCAUGCAUUUGUCCUCUUAAUGUAUUCGAGUGGUAUGAAUUGUUUCGGAUUAAAAAACGCACCCAGAUGAGACUCUCUUACACACCGGACAAACUUGUGCACUUUUUGUACAAAAUGUAGGUUUUUCUUCACGAGCUUCCCGGGAACGCUGCCGGUGCUUAGGGAAGUCGCGUUGCUCGCCUGCGGCAGGCAGGGUUUGCCGCGUUGACUCAGGCUGGCAUCACCGUCCGGCGCGUCCACGCACACGAGCGGGGGCGCCGAGUGUGCUGGCGGCCGUGGGCUCCUGGCGGCUUGUGCGGUUAUUUAUUGCUCUUACGAUAGGACUGCUACGAGUCCCUUCUCACGGGUGCGCUGUGAGACGAAGGUUCCAAUGACUCCGCUGUGAAGGAUGCUGUCCUCGGUGAAGCUGUGAGGAAGCGAGGUCUCGAUGCGACGCCCGCGCGUGUUCUCGCGAACCCUGCACCGCGCGCGGGUCCCGGGGCUCCCAGCGGCGUUCCGGCCCGGACGUCGGAGGAGCCCCGUGAACUUGACUCUCGAACGGUGAAUCGCGUUCGAUGCAGGAGGCUGAAUUUCAUUUAUAAUUUAAGUGGUGCAGGGGUUCGGCACGUUAAGUAAAAUCCUUUUACACACUACCUCUUUCUCUCUUUUUUUAAACAAAGUUUUAACAUCAGAGCCUUUCUUUUGGGGAACAGUACUUCAGGGCUUGACUUCUGUACCAAUUUUAUCUGUACAACACGAUUUCCCUGCGUGUGCUCCCUCCCGGGAGUGGACAGCAGCCCCGCCUGCUCGUUCCCGUGAGGACCCUGUUGGCCGUGUCUGCUCUUGUCACCCAGAUCUUUGUCGGUCUAAUCGUUGGUGAAAUAAUUGAUUAUUAGACUUAUUGUGAAGCCAGUAGACCUCGGUUAAAUGGUAAAACAACAAUGUAUCGGUAGUCUGAAUCAAUUAUUUCAAAUGCACCUUAUUAACAAAAGUGUCAGUGGGUCCAGUGUAUAAGUUAUAGUUCUAAAUGUCAAGCCUAACUGUGAAUUCUGUUCUGUUUCUUAAGUUUAUGAUAAUGUUCUCAAACCGUCAACAAAAUAUAUGUACUUUUGUGAACUAUGAAUUUUCUAAUUAAAUUUUACAUGCUAUAACAUGAUUUUUACAUGAAUGAUACUUUAAACUAUCAAAUGUCAGUAUUUUACUACAAUUUUAUUAUAAAAUGUACAUUACCACUAAAUGAACUUUGAUUUAAAAAAUCAAAUUAGCUUUAGUUGUGUAUUAUUUUUUACAAAUAAAGAUAGACUUGUAUAAAGGCUA